GGGUGGUGGUGAAGAGAUGUAUUAAAUGUUGUCAACUACAUUAGGAUGGUCAUAGUCCAUUAAUUUGAAGUCAACCUUUCUCUCUCCUUCUCUAGAGAAGCGUAGAUGGCCACGCAUAUAAAAAUCUUCCAUCUCCUUCUCUCCCACUUGCCAACUAAAUAAAAAACUUUCCCUUUCCCAAAUCUCACUUCAAAAUCCAAGAAAAAAAGAAAAGCUUCCUUUCAAUCCCGCCAUGUCUUCCAUUCUGAGUUCUCAAGGUCUCGUCAUUGCAACAGCCAUGGUCGUCUCUUCCACAGCUCUCUUUCUCGCCUUCUCCAACCACCAUCACAAGAUGAUCAGUCCAAUAAUCCCACCCUCCACAUCCCUUCUUCCUUCUUGCUUUUCAUCUGAUGAAAAGAAGAAACAGAAGAAGAAGAAGAAGAAGAAGAAGAAGAAGGUGAGAUUUGCUGAGGAUGUGAAAGAACCAAAAGGGAAUGGAGAAGAGUAUAGAAGAGAACAUGAUGAGAAAAUAGGUUUAAUGGAGGAAACGAGAAGAGGAAGGAGAAUAAGUUGUAGAAACGAUAUUCCUGCUAAUCGAAUUGCUUUGUAUAAUGGAAUUCUUAAAGAUCGAUCGCAAAGGAUUCAAUGUUCGUUUUGAUCUUCACUCCACUUUGUUUUCUUCUUCUUGUUUCCUGUGUAAGAAAAAUCCAGCUUUUCUGUGGCUGUCAAUGGAUGGUGGAAUUUCUCUUCAUCCAA